CCGGGCUUAACUUGGCCGGGCUGCAAAUGCCGGCAGGCGGAAGAGGUUCCUGACGGCGCUUGGCUCUCAUUAAAAGCGUCAAGGUUCAGACAGUAAUCUGGCAGCCUCGCAAAGAUGCCUCUUCACGCCACGAGAGCCGCGGCUCUCCUCACUUGGGUGAACAGUACAGACGUUUGUACGGAUCCCCUUGAUGAUCUGUCACAGCUCCAGGACUGCAGCGUUUUCAUCAAGAUCAUCAACAAAAUGUGAGUACGAGGAGCCGGAGGGCUUUCUCCGAGCUGCCUGGCUGGAUGCGAGCUGCGGGCGAGCGCGUGCUAGGCUGCCCCCCGAAGCUGUAGCCUCCGAGUGCCGGAGCGCGGGGCCGAGAGCCUCGUCCCGAUGCGGGCAGGGCAGGAGGAAGGGCCGAGCAUGUUCCCCCUCCGGGAGACACGGGGCUGGGGUUUCGUCUCCUCCGCGCAAAGCUCCUGCGAAGCAAAGCACCUGCAUAAGUGCU